UGUGUGCUUUGUUCAGUGAGUAGGAUUUCUGUUAAAGUAAAGCUCUUUACCCACAAAGAGAAUGGAGAUUCUGCCGGUAUUCCUGUUCUAGUGUAUCUCUCCGGAUAUUGAUUUUGGUACAAUAACAGUUAGUUCUUACUGCUGAAGUGGUAGAGGAAGAGAACUGUUUGUGAGAGGACCAUUACCCAUUGACUCUAUCGCCCAAUGAACACAACACUAGCUCCAAGUAUGUGGACUAUGGACUCCUUAGGCUGGCUCUAUGAAGGAGUCGAUCCCAAGUUUGCAGGGAAUGGAGGACCAGAAUGCAACAACUUCUUGAGCGUAAAGCAAAGAGUGAUUGAGACGAUCAUCUUUGUAGCUCUAGGUUCACUGGAAUGUUGGUUUGCAUGGCAGCGGCUUGGAGUAUCAGAUCCACACUUUCAGGUGGAACCAAGAGAUAAGGGUGAACGAUUUGGAAAGCGUUUUCUCUUGGUAAUUCUCUGUUUGACAUUUGGAGUUGAGAUAGGAUUCAAAUUUGCGUCAAAGACUGUUAUAUACCUGCUCAAUCCAUGCCAUAUGCUGACAGUAGUACAGAUUUACUUACUUGCCGCCCCACCCAGCAAGCUAGUACGGGUAGUCUUCAGGAUGCAGAUGGCUUCAUUGAGUUGCCCUUUACUAGCCCUACUCUUGCCAGUAGUCAAUACAAGAUUGCUACCAUUUGAAGCAGAAAUCUAUUGGAUACAGCAUUUAAUGAUAUACCUCAUUAUUCCGCCCUACCUACUAAGUUUAGGAGGCGUCUAUAAGACAGAGGGUAUAUGGGACUUUUCAUGGUGUUGGUUUACAGCUGGCUUUCUUCAUAAUUAUCAUUUCAUCUGCCUCCAAGGUUUAGGUCUGUUGACAGAAGUGAAUCUGAAUGCGAUGGUUUGCCCUGCCCCUAGCGAUCCAUUCUUUGGUCCUUUCUACCGGGUUUGUGGCUUCACACAUCAACACCUUCUCUUUCCUCUGCACAUUAAAGCAUACACCUAUGUGGCUAAGAGUCUUGUAUUAAGAGACCAAGAAGAAGAAUGUAAUGGCCAUGUUGGCGGCAUGAUGAAGGAGGAUUGAAGUAUGGCCAAUAAGUUAUCAUUAGACAAACAGGAAGCUUGCAGAUUACAAUCGUAUAGGUUGAAGGUCAACUGCUUCUCGGCCAAUAACCCUGCAUCCUACUAACACGAACUUAUUUGUUUCACACCAUUUUAAAACAGAAGUGAUGCUGCUGAUGCUGAUACAGUCAAACCUGUCUAUAGCGACCACCCAAGGGAAGCACAAAAAGUGGCCUUUGUAGACAGGUUCCUUUAGUACAUAAUUCAAUGAGAAACCAUUUUCAAGGGAAACAACAAAUGUGGCCUUUGUAGACAGGUGGUCUUUGUAGACCAGGUGUUCACUAAAGCAGGUUUGACUGUAUUUAUAAUCAUGUGCCUAAAAAUAUUCAGGAGAAGGUUAAAUGAUCGAUUAAGAAAACACUUAAUUCAGCCCACUUUCAAAUUGAAAAGCCCACUGAACAAUAGGAUAGACGUUGUUCGUUCCAAAAUGAAAUACUGCAUAGUAUGCGUCUUUCUUACAUGUUAUAGUAAAGCUACAACUUUUUUUUCAUAUUGCUGCAUUUUUUAAAUUGAAUCAUGUCUGAAAUGUAGAGGGAGGCAACAGAUCAAACAGUUACAAUGACGCUUGUGAAGGAAGAGAUAUAACUGACGAGGAGACGACAAAACAGGCACUGAAAAUGUGUGCAUUGUUAUAGACAAAUAUGCUAAUUCGGUCCCUUAGCUUGAUAUCACCAAUCUUGGCAGUGUUCUAAAAGUUCUUCAAGUACAAAAGUGGGGCAGUAUUUUUUAGGAUUUUAAAAUAGAUGAUUGUCUUAAUAUUUAAUGUUUCCAGUCAGGGAAUUGUGAUAAACUUGUUUGAUCUCUCCUUCCCUUAUGCAAUGAUGUGAAUUAAAUCAAUACAUGUAUUUAAAAUCAAUUAACCUCUACUUAACCCAAUGUAAGUGAAGAAGGAUGUGUUGUUCAACAAUAGGGACUUUUAGAUUUGCACGUCAACAUAGUGGACUGCUACGUGUGAUGUCCUUAAUAAAAGGAUUUCACAAGAAGGCGCGAUAGCUCAGUCGGUAGAGCAGUGGUCCUGUAAUCCGGUGACCCGGUUUUCGAAACCAAGUCGAUGCGCUAGUGCCCUUUGGUAAGGCAUUUAU